GUAUGGUCACGUGCCAAUGCAGUUUUUGCAUUUAUGCUAUCGGUGCUUUCGGCGAUGACAUUCUGCGUCUUCCUGUCCACCGUAUGGUUACCAAAUUCAGCUCCUUCUACCCUAUCGGCAUCAAAUGUUCGAGUAAAAAGUUUUGCGGAUUACACAAUGUCGGAUGGUUCACGGAGUGAUGUUGCAAUGGCCGAUCUCAGUGUAGAAGUUGACUUAACACCGAUUUUUAACUGGAAUGUUAAGCAGCUAUUCUUGUACUUGGUGGCUGAAUAUUCAACAUCAACAUCACCCGUCAAUCAGGCAAGUCGAGGGUCGUUGUUAUAG